AUUUGCAAGCUCCGGUCGCUGUGGAGAUUGCCAGAUACUCGGGUGUAUUAUGUUAACUUCGCAGUUACAAAUCAUCUUCUAGGCAAACUAGGUUUACUAUACCAAGAGCAGAAUGGACUUUCUAGCGACCACCCUUGUAAUUGCUCUUACUAUUGUGAAAGCGGCUUCCAUUGAGCGGCCUCCGAUCCUUGACAUAACACCUGAAGACGGCAGCAAUAAGAUAUUUAUUGCUGAGAAAACCACGUUCAACGUCACAGUGAAGUUCCCUGGAAAAUUCUAUGAUGACGUCAUCAUUGAUGUUAUGCCGACGAUUGACGUCCCUGACGUCUUUAUCACCAAAGUGAAGUCAGUAAAGGUUGGGUCAAGCCUUUAUUUAACCGGUAAUACAAAACCCGUGAUGGACUAUGGGAGGCCCGAACUUCAAACUCCGGGGAAGGCACUUUCCUGCCAAUUUCACCUUGGCAAAGUUAUGAAGUUAAAUCUUGGUGACAAGAUUAAAACGAAAACGACACCGGAAGAUGAUGUUAUUCUCAUCCAAUACGAGGCACUGAUACCGGAAGAACGCUCGGAAGGCUUCGCGGAAGUAGGUCACAGUCACAUGUACGCUGUCCGGGUAUGCACAGAAAAUGGGACAUACUUCGAGUUCAAGCAUGUUGAGGUUGCCGCUAGAAGCUUACCGAUACUAUUCCGCACACUGGAGAAGUUUCCCGCCAGGCAAGGUGACGUGAUCAGAGAAAUGUACAUCAACGUGGAAUCGUCUGAGAAAAAGAAGUUCUUGUACUAAAGCAUAAACUAUAUUGUAGACUUAAAUGGCCAUUCAUACCGAAGAAACACUUUACAGAUAGUACAAAAUUACAGAAAAAAAAACAGAAAAAAACAUUUGCUUCAUUUUUAAGCGGCAUGCUUCCAAACUCAUGCUCAUUUUCAUGGAAAAAAAAUUAAAAUGUACUAAAACGUCAAAAUAUUGUCAAGCGAAAAACGACAUUUACUGACACAUUGCAAACGGCAUUUUAAAUUUACGACAAUUAACAAAAUAAAAAUUGGUAAGAAUAUGAAAAACUAUUCCUAACUGCCUCAAUUAUGCUGAUACAUACUGCAAAAUCGGUCAUUUAAUUAUUGCAUAUACAUGUAACAUAUUUAUUGUGUGUUUUUUUAAUUGUGAAUAUGUUUUCUUUUCUUAAAAUCUAAGUACAUUUUUCUCCAGUUUGAUUUUCUCGAUUUUUUUUAUACAAAGUAUGAUUUGUUAACUAGCUCCUCAUUCUAUAUAUGACUGAGAAGAUUGAAUAUAAUUAAGGAAUAAAAUUCAGUAAGUUUGACCCCGACAAAUACAUAAUUCGAUUAAAUUAACAUUUAAUAUACGAAAGUGUUACUUAAAAUAUUGGCUUUUGAUUCUAUAUAGGUAAAUUCAAAAAUGUCCAAGGAAUAUAUCUAAUAAAUUUUAAAUUUUAAAAGUUAUGACGUCGGGAUGAUGAGAAAAAAAUGUUGUCUACGACAUUUUGAAUACAUGUAGUUAAUUAUAUAACCUCUUAGAGGUGUUCCUCAUUUUAACCCUGUGUCUGCUGCACUAAAGUGACAAGUAUUUGUCACCAUUCUGACCAGGCUUUAUGUUCUAUUGGUAGCUGAAUUUUAUACACUGGCACUGAAAUAAGUUUAAUUUUGAAAUAGGUUGUUCCAAUGCAAAAACUAUGCAAAAACAUAACCAAAAAAAAGGUAUGGUUAGGGUUAAACGUUUCGUACAUAUGAAUAAUUAGACUAUUAACGGCUUUAAGUCUAGAUACAUAGCUUUAGUUAUCCAACAUUUUCUGCUUUUCUAAUUAUAUCUGAGUUUUAGAAAAUAGAUGUUGUAUAUAUGUAUAAUG